CUGGGGGCUAGGUUUCCCCGCCGCCGCAGCCGUCGCCUCCCAUCUCCCAUCCUCCCCGCCGUCGCCGUCGCCUCCCACCCCCUUUCCCCACCACCGCCGACGUUUCUCGCCCCCUCCCUGAACACGUCCUCCGCCGCCGUCCACGUCUUACCGAGGAAGGUCCGCCCCCGGCAGCAAGGGGCGCGCCGCGAUGGCGGACCUGGUUCCGGGGGAGGGGGAGCUGGAGCUGGCUUUCGGCGGAAACCAGGACGACGACGACGCGGAGGACGCCUCGCCGGGCAGCAAGGAGCUGGCCGCCAUGGUGGAGGCGGCGGCGGCGGCGAGCGUGGAGCUGGACGCGGCCGCCGACAGGGACGACCGGACGCCGAGGGACGGGAUGGUGUUCAAGUCGUACGAGGAGGUGCUCAACUUCUACAAGCGCUACGCCCUGCGCACCGGCUUCGGCGUCUGCGUCAAGAAGUCCUCCUUCACCAAGGCCGGCCUCUGCCGCCGCCUCCUGCUCGUCUGCAACAGGUGGGGGAACGGCAAGGACGACGCCUGCUACCAGGCCAGGCCCACGGCCAAGACCAACUGUCAGGCCACCGUCGUCGCCAGGCUCUGGGGGGACGGCCUGCUGCACCUCACCGACGUCAGCCUCGACCACAACCACCCGCUCAACCCCUCCGCCGCGCGCUUCCUCAGGUGCUACAAGACGCUGCCCAGCGGGAUGAGCAAGGACCUGGUGGUCAGGGCCGCCAGAGGCGAAUGCUCCACCUCCGACGUCGAGGCCCCCACCAUGUUCGAUGACUGGGGCCGGCUCAAGAUCAGGGAGGGCGAUGUUCAGGCCAUCAAUUGCUUCUUUGCAGAGAUGCAGGCCAAGCAGCCAAACUUCUUCUAUGUCAUGGAUUUCUAUGUGGAGGGUCACCUGAGGAGCGUUCUUUGGGCCGAUUCAAGAUCCAGGGAAGCAUACCAGUAUUUUAGCGACGCCAUUUGGGUCGAUACAACCUGCUUGAGGAGCAAGUUCAAUGUGCCCCUGGUUUUGUUUCUCGGGGUGAACCAUCAUGGUCAGCUUGUUUUGUUAGGGUGUGGCUUGCUUUCGGAUGAGAGCACAGAGAGCUUCCUGUGGCUGUUCAAAGCAUGGCUAACUUGUAUGAAGGGAAGGCUUCCAGGCGCCAUGAUUACGGAUGAGUCUGUGGCGAUAAAAGCUGCGGUUCGAGAAGCGUUCCCCAAAACACGCCAUAGGAUAAGUGAUUGGCAUAUAGAGACAAGUAUUGCAGAAAAGUUAGGAGAGUUGCCAGAAUAUGAAUCGAUAAAAGUCCAAUUGGAGGCAGUAAUAUAUGGUUCCUUGAAGGAGGAUCAGUUUGAGACAAGGUGGAAGAACUUGAUCAAUAGGUUUGGCCUUCAGGAUAAUCAGUGGAUCAUCUUUCUGUAUGAAAAUCGACACUUGUGGGUCCCUUCCUUCCUGAAAGAUGCCUUCUGGGCUGGACUGUCUGUUAACCACCGGGAAUCUCCAGGUGCAUUCUUUGAUGGUUCAGUGAGCCAUGAAACCACAUUGGUGUCGUUCCUUAGCAACUAUAUGAUUCUUGUACAGGACAAGUACAAAAUGGAGCAACAGGAUGAUUUCGAGUCAUUAACCAGCGGCAGGGUCCUUGUAUCAAAGUUCCCUAUGGAAGAGCAGAUAUCCAAAUUGUACACCCUGAACAUGUUUGUGAAAUUCCAGGAUGAGCUAAAUUCAACCCUGCAGUGCCAAGUUCAACAAGUAUCGCCGUCUUCUUUUGUAGUUAUGGACUUAGCUGAACGAGGCACAGGAUUAGUGACUAGAAAGUACGAGGUUGUUCACUGUAUGGAGACCAACAGGAUGGAAUGUAACUGUGGCCUAUUUCAGCUUAGUGGAAUUGUUUGUCGGCAUGCGUUAUCGGUGCUUAAAUGGCAGCAAGUGUAUGAUAUCCCCCCUUGCUAUGUACUUAACAGGUGGAGGAGUGAUUUUAAGCAGCUACACGCUCUGGAUAAUCCACUCAAGGAUCCUUUGCUAUCGAGCAAUCAUGUUGAGCGUUAUGAUCAUAUUUCCUUGCAGUGCCUCCGUCUUGUUGAGAUUGGAAUGGUUUCAGAUGACAAGUAUCAGCAUGCAUUAAAACUAAUAAACGACAUGAAAAGGACCCUUCUUGAUGAUAAUUUGUGCCGCGAGUUGGAGCAGAAAAUUUCACCUCCUGAACGCACAACUGUUAUGAAUGGUGAUGGCCAUGCACAGCCUGGUUCAUCUGAGGGGGGUCCAGCCAAAAAACGCCGUGGCCGUCCUUCCAAAAAGAGUAAAGAGAUAAGCGCGGAGUCUGUGUCAAAUCAAUGUGGAAACAAGGAGUCUUUACUGGUAUCUUCGGAUGUAAGUCAGAAGGGUGCUUUACAUUCUUCUUCAACUGCCUCCAACCUUGGUACUCAUGUCAGAGCACAUGGCAUUGAUGAUCUUAUGGAAGAAGUUAAUGCUAACGAGGUAUCAUUUGAGAGCCGUUAUGGGGUGCAAUCUAGCCAUCCAAAUCAUUAUGGUGACGAGCUGCAUCCAGGCCACACUUUACAGUUUGGCCAACACAUGCCAUCCGCAGAGCAAUCUAGGGGAGUCGAGUGGGUGUAUCCGACUAUAUAUCAGGAUGAUCAGGUGCCUUAUGGCAGGCGGACAUCUUGAAUGCUAGAACAGGAGAAUGAUUUCAGGUUCCUGGUGAGAUGUACAGAGGGGGUCCGGGAAGCUGCCAGUUGGCGUCGGCCCCAGGAUGUGUUAGCUUCAUCCAUCUAACAUCGGAGGCGAGGCGGCGUGAUGAGGCGAGGCGGCGUGAUGAGAGCGCGUGUCGGCACAAGGCUGGGCAUGUGGUUUCUUCCCUGGCCUGCAUAGAGACCGGCGGGAACUUGGCAAUUUGACUUGGCUGGCCUUGAUGGUGCUAGUAGCUGUUAAAAUGUACUGUACAAACAUAGCUCUCAUGAAAUCAUGCUCUCUUUUUGACUUCUGACACUGACCUAUGUGAAUAUAUCGUUCGACUUUUGUCUGAAA